CACAUCAACAUGUUCAUCCACGGACCCAUCUGGAGCUGGAGUCAAGAUACAGAGGCUGGUGUUUUGAAGCCAGGACAAUUGGGAAGUGUCACGGCAUGAACAUUUCAGCGGCUUAUAUUUGAGGUGAUUCACUGAAGACAGAAGAGGGUGUUUAACUGACAGGAUGCUGCAUAAACAUCUGUAAACGUUGCGCAAAGGAGCUGUGAUUCUAAGGGGGAUUUAAAUUAACUUUACCAACUCGGUAUGCUACCCAUUAUUAUGUGAACAGGUAAAUGAAAAUUCAGCAGCUUAUGAACCUACCAAGACAACUACCAUAGGCUAAAAGUUGUCUCCCUGAGGAUGCGGAGGCUGACCCAAGACAACAGAUCAGCUGAACAGCGACUGUAACCACACGGUCUUCAGCCGCACGCUGCAAUGCCUUCUCUCCAUCAUGGGGCCAUAUUCAUAGGAGUGAUGCUCAUCGUCACCGGCGGCUCCACGGCUUUCCUGCCAUCCAGUCAGAGUAGGCUCCAGGCAUUCAGCUUAUGCUGUGUGGUCCUGGGCGCUGUGAUGCUCAUAUUGGGUCUCUUUUGGGCAAUGAACGGAAAGAACACCCCAGUGACUUACAGCAACGAGUACACACACGACUACAGCCACGUUCUCUUUACCCCUCCGCACGGAAACCACUUCCCAGAGUCGCAGUCCGUCUACUUACAGAGGACUCUGGAGAGACAGAGGAGAGGAGUUUAUGAGGAGGACUUUGAUUAUCCGCCGAUGGAGCCGACCUGUUUCAGCCCCUCAGGCAGGGGGCGCCCCCCUCAUUGGGACCUGGAGCCUCCUCCGCCUUAUGAAGUGGCCAUCAAAACCACAACGAGCUCCACACACCUGAGGAGAAGCUAUUCUGACACCUUCCGGCCAACGGAGCCCCUCUUUGGCCGCUCACGAGAGAUCAGCUUUGAGGUGUGAUGGCGCCAUCUUGACUUGCCGCCAUCUUGACUUGACUUUUGUUGAUGUCACUCCUUUCUAUCAUACACAAAGCCUCCAAUUAAGAUGCAAAUAUUAGCCUUAUCUGAUAAUGUAAGCAGAGCUUCAAUAUUUUGCCAUCCUUGCGUAAGAGUUCUCGCCCAGGUCUCUAUGUGUGAUGUUUAAAGUGUCCUUUUGGCUUUAGUAUGUUUUAAAUAGAGUUAGAGUUGCAGCACAAAGAGAAUGCCUUCAGAGUUUUACAUUUUGAAUUUGAAGGAAAAAGGAACUGCCCUGUAUCCUGAGGUUGAGUGAUUCUGAGGGAGCUAUAUGGACUAUUUAUCUGCUUUGGAUAAAUAUCCUGCGCUAAUCUCCUAAUACGACCAGGUUACUCAUGUGGUAAUAUCAUCUUUGUGGAUUGGUGUAUUUUGGUAGUGGGAUUUGGACAUGUGUGAAUGGCAAACAAAAAAACUCAAUUAAGUAAAUAUGAUCUAAAUAAACACUUGUAAACACAUGUUUAUGCACCAAUAUUGGCAAAACCUUAUGUUUAAUCAACAUAGUAUAACUCAGGUCUUACUGAAGUCUAUUGCACUAAACCGCUUGUCAUUCGGAAAGUUCUUGCUACCUCACACACUCAAGUCUUCAUAAACCCCAUCAGAUCACUGCAGUCAGAAACAUUUAUUGUUUGGAUUUUCCCCCAAAAAGCUUCUCCUGAAGAUUCAUCUUAAAACCACUGUAUUCCAAAGGACAAUAGAUUUAUCUGGAGACCUCUGCAUUGCAAAUAUUUUCAUCCAAUACAAGAAUUGUCAUGUUGUAUUGUGGGUUCAACCCGGGACGCUUUAGAUGGGCAUGGAAAAUCUAUAGGUUGAUGCAAUUAAUGCAAUCAAGCAAUUCACAAUAUAAACUAUCAGUGAACAAAAAAGUGGGAAGGUGGAAGCAUUCUAAAUGCCUGAAACCUUGUUAGGCAUUAUUUUACAAUAAACAGUUGACAGCCAAAGACAAUACAUUUCACAAUCUUCCCAAAGUAAACAACAAUGCAAUUAGCAAUCCAAAUCACAGGUGGCCUUUUUCCUUUAAGAUGACAUGCAAGCACAAUAUUGCCUAUCAAUAUUAAAUGUCCUAUUAAAUGGAUGUUAUGCAGGUGCAAUUGUAUGUUCUCUGUAACUGAGGGUCAAAUGUGUAACUCAUGGUUGGUCCCAUUUAUCAGCUAAUCCAAAGAAACACACUUGAAAGUCAGCGGUCACAGCUCUCACGCUCACAGCAUCCAGAGACCGUAUUCAGUCCGUAUUCAAAGACCUGUAUCAGGAUCAUGCCGGUACCCCCAUGAUUGCAUGUUGCUGGUAUCACUGUCGAGGCCAAACUGACUGUGUUUUAGCUGACAGAGACCCUGUGAGCAUGGGCUGUGGGUGCUAAACGACCUGUCUACUCUGCAUGCAUGUAUAUUAUUGGCGUUGAAAUGGCCAUAUCAUUGUGAUAAGCACCCUC